AUUAGCAAAACAUAUGUGAAUGCAAGAGAACUACACAACUGAUUACUUAAAACAUUUUUAGCAAAUGUUUAGUUAAUAUGUUGAUAAUGUCAAGUUUAGUUUGCUUUAUAUGCCUGUACAAAACGUAGUCAUGGAAAAUUUCCCCAUUCCAAUAACCCCUGUUCUCUCCUUUUGUUGUUUGUCUACGUAUGAACGUUUCAGGGUUUGGUUCUUGUGUGACUGAACAAGAACGUAUUGUUGAUACACAAAGUGACUUAAGUUUUCAGAAACGAAACAUCAUUGUUUGUGGGCAGGUCUUAACUUGAUGCUUUAAAUUCAUGCCUCCGGCCAAGAAUGUCAUUGGCGUGAUUUAGCUGACUUCAAAUAGACUGUAGAGCAGCAGAUACGAACAGCACGGUAAUGGAACUGACAAUAAAACUGAUGGGAGGAGAACCGCAGAGUCUGGAGGUGAGCGGUGAUCUUACUGUUCGCGAACUUAAGCAACGCAUCUAUCAGCGCUUCCAAGCGCUUCCUUCCAAACAGAUGCUUUUCGUCGAAAACGGUAAACGUAUCAAGCUUGAGGAUGAUUCCAGAAGCCUAAGGAGUUACGAUUUAAGUGCAAACUCAGUCGUGAUCCUGGUUAUUGCCAAAUCUUUCCAGGUGUUGGUUAAAAACGAAACGGGGAAAAUAGAAUCGUAUGAUGUUACUGUCGAAGAGACCGUAGAUCAGCUCCAGACUAAGAUCGAGAACAAAGCAGGAGUCCCCGUGGAUCAGCAAAAACUGAUUUACAACUGCAAAACGCUGGGAUCUGGCAAGAAGUUGCAAGAAUACGGCAUCAAAAAAGGAAGCACCAUUUACUUGACUCUCCGUCUCCGAUCAGGUUGAUAGAGGGCAUCAACGCGACCAGGAUUAAUGUUUACUGAACCAACUAACAACCGCCAAAAUAGGAAAAGUCGUAAUGAAGGACAUUUUUAUUCGGUCUGGAUAAGACUGUCUAUAAAUGCACAUAGGCCUAGUAUAUCUAGUAUCAAAUAUUUAUUUAUGUUAAUAAUGUUGGGUAUGGUUUACUCUACUUGCCUUUACAUUCCAAGAUCAUGGGAAAUUAACUUAUUCUAAUAAUCCAUGGUGUUCGGUACUUUUUUGUUUGUCUAAUAUAUAUAUAUAAGACAAUGAGAAUUAUUUACGUAGAUGUUUAAAAACAUUUAUGAGUGUUUUAGGGUUUGAUUUUGUUGUUACUGAACAAAAAUGCACUGUUGAUUAAACUCUGAUGAUCAUCCUGCUGAUCAGUGAUACAACAGGGGUUACCUGAAACGAAAUCAAAGUGACGUUGUUAGAAACGAAACAUUAUUGUUUGUGGGCGGGGCUUAAGAUGACGCUUUGAAUUCAUGAUUCCGUCCAGAGACACUUUAUAUUUGAUGCUGGAGUGAUUUGAUAAAUUCAUAAUUUAUAAUAAUAAAUUCAUUACACUAAACUCAGAUUAAAAACAUAUAUAUAUAUAUAUUUUUAUAUUUUAUUCUGUUUAAUAUCUAUUAGUAUCAGAUAUUUAUUUUAUUAUUUGUGAUUUAAUGUAUUCAUGUCAUUUAGUAAAAGUAUGGGAAGUGUAAUCCUUCCUCAUACAGUUCCAGUUUAAUGCUUCUCUAUGGGCUAUGUUCUUGCCAAUCCCUUUCUUGUUAAAUAAAAUGUAAAUACUCAAACCA